CAAAAAGAAAAUCGUGAGCUUCUUUUAUUUACUUUGAUUUAUUUUGGAAUAUAGUUAACCCAGGACCUCUUCAAAUCCUAACGCUAAAAGAACAAGUCCCUCCACAGUCCGACUCCAACAUGGACUAGGAAUGCAAGCAUCACCGCCCAUCGAGCUCCUCCUCAUCGUCUUCUUCUAUUCCAUUCUUAUUUCUUCAGAUAUUCAUCCUUUUCAAGCUCCCUUUCGUCCUUAUCGUCUUCUUCAAACACCAUCAAUGGCUUUCUUAUUGAAGAGAAAAAUGUUAUCAUCCACAGACAACACCAGCAAGCGAAGUUGUGUCUCCUCCUCCUCCUCCUCCUCCAUCCUUUCUCUUCCGCAUGAGCUCAUCACAACGGAGAUCCUUGCUCGAGUUGCUUCUUGUUCUUCUACAGAUCUUUUCAAUGCCAAACUGAGUUCCAAAGACCUUCUUGAAGCUGCAAACGAUGAUCAUAUCUUUAAACACAUCUCCAUAGACAAGUUCGAGAGAUAUAUUACACCGUAUGAUAAUCAAAGCAAACAAGUCUCUUCCUUCCUACAACGUUGUAAGGAAUGUGGAAACUCAGAGGUUUUAUUCAGAGCAGGGAUGUCUGAUUUCUUCGGUUCAAAGCAGGAGUCAGGACUCAAGAACCUCAAGAAAGCUGUGGAGAACGGUCAUGUGGACGCCAUAUAUGUCUAUGGCAUCAUCUUGUUGUGCUCCGGAGAUGAGAACAAGAGGGAAGAAGGUCUGAAACUUCUAUCUUCAUUCAAGAAAUCUCAGCCAAAAGGGUUCAAAUUGAGCGAAUGUCGAGAGAGAGUCGAGAAUAUAACGAGACUCAUGGCUGAUAUCAUAUGGAGACCAUGGGUGCAUCGACUAGUUCGAGAACAAGAAUUAUGCAGCCAUUCGAAGAGAUAUCGCUAUGAAGAUCCAUGGUUACCUGGUCUGACAAGAGAGCUUGAAGGUUGCUGUGAAAAGUGCGAGUUGGAUAACGAAGCUGAUUUGUUUUGCACCAUGAUGGCAAAAUGUUAUGCUUAGGUUAAGUAUGAUUUUUCUUUUUCUUUUUCUUUCUGGUUUUCUGGUAUAUCAAAGGGUUAACAGCUUAGCAGUACGGAGAUUUGAACAUUGAAUUUUAACUUUAAACUAAAGUUUUUCAAUUAGUAAGUAUCAAACCCGAUCAAGUUCUUAUUAGUAAUUUUCUCUCGUGCUUGUUAAGGUACAUAUUUUGAGAAUCUUUCUUGCAUUUGAUUUACUUCGAUGUUAUUAAGAACUUGAAUUGUGUU